GAACGAAUGAGAAAGAAAGAGAGGGAGUCUGUGUGUGUAGAGAGAGAGAUGGGGGCGGGCGAGCAAAAGAAGCUGCAUGCAUAAGGAGGAAGCCAGAAGCACAGAGGCAGAGAGGGAGUAUGUGUGUGCGCAUGUAUGUGUGAAAACACUGCGCAUGUGUGACUGUGAGGCGCACUGACUGAGGCAGACAGAGGAGGAGAAAGAGGACUGAUGAACUGAGUCAAGAGGAGAGGCGAGAGAAGAGCAGAAGGAAAGGAGAAGAAAAAAGACACGACCAGGAAGACAGAGAAGGGGUUGAAACACAGCACAGACACUCAGGUCACUGCACAGAAUAAGCUGAAUACUGCGAGAGAAACAGAGGGAUGAUGAAAGCCAUACCAGAGGGAGACGUUCAGCCACAACUCAUCUGAGAAAGACUAGGUGUGAGGUACCAGAGAGGAGAGGAGAAGAGGAACUGGGGAUGUGGCGCUCGAUGAAAGCAGCCUGAGACAUGACGCCUCCACCUUGCAAAAGCUUCCUCCAUCUUACAUCUCCUCCAUCCUUUCUUCCCUUCACUGCUGCUUGGUAUUCUUCCUGCUAGAAACAGUGGGCAGUAGAGAGUGUCCUCCUUCUGCUGAGACGUUCCCCCCAAACAAAGAGACUGAACGGCUUGGUUUAUCUUCACAAAGCAGCAUCAACACCAUCAAAGGCAAAAACUGGAAGAGAAAAGAGAAAGACGAGAAGGCACUGGAACAAAUGCGCAGGCAGACAGGUAGCUGGACCAAAGGAAUCGCACCAUGAGUCUGAGGCACUGACAAAGGGAGACAAGCACAGAGGCGUUGUUAUCGCUUCUUCUGCUCAGCUGGGAGGGCUGUUUGAAAAAACUAAAAAAAACUCCCACCUCUGAGGAAUUCAGGAGCCUUGGAGCUUGAAGGAAUCAUUCCACAAGUUUCUGGAGCAUUGUACAACACCUCCCAAAAAAAGAUCUCCUCCCUCCUUAUCAACAAGCUACCAAGAGGGUCACACAGGGUCACCUGACCAAACUGGAUCAAGAGCAUAGUCAAAGACUUCUUUCUUUCUUUCUCACACACCUGAGCUAAUGUGUAACACAGCCGCAGCUAAAAACAGGAAGUUAAGCUGGUGUUUAAACACAUUCAGAGGCUAGUUUGAGAAGCCAAGAGACCACAGGAUUUAUUUUAAGACAAUAGCCUACCUGUUGGACCUUUCUAAAUUAUUUGCACUCAGUCCCACUAGUUUGUGAAUGCAGAAAUCAACGAGUCUGUACUGUAUGUAUAUAUGUGAGCAUCUGUACAUAUAGAUUAUUUAUGAGAUUAUUUAUUGGUGUUAUCACUGACUACGAACAUAUCUUUGUGCUAAAGUACCAACUCACCCUGUGUGUGAAUAUACAUUUCUGCAAAUAGCCAUCAGAGACAGCACAGGAACAUCAGCAUAACAACAAAAAUACCUUUAAGUAGUCAACACUGGUCAGAUACCUUAAGCUGGACUAUUAAAUCAUCUGUACAUAUAAGCUGUGAGAGAGUAAGAGCUGCAGGUUGGGGUGCUCCGGCUGAGCUUUUCUAUCUGUCUUGGCCUUAAAACUCAGGCUGACAGGAGUCACACCAGGAAAGACCUCUGAGGGAAACAUGGAGGCAACCAUCCGUCCUCAUGUCCCCUCAAAUGGCUGAUUUCAGAGAAAGUGCCCAAUCCUUUCACCCUUGCGCAAAACCAGGCAGGGGUGUUCAGUGCUGAUUAGAACCACAGCCCCUCUCUCUACCACCUCAAAACAAAAAGACAAAAAACGUGCAAAUGUCUUGCCUCCGGCGUCAGCCCGUGGCUAUCCCCAUGGACACUGUCAAGAUCAUCCAGUCAGAGAAGUUCCCCAGAGAGUGCCCUGUGCCCGUAACCCAGCCGCGCUAUGCCCCACCCCCUAGAGUGGCAUGGGACGGCGGAGGUGAAGGUGAAAUCAUCGUCAACCAGGCCUGUAGCGACUUGACCCUGGACAUGACAGGGUCCCCCCGCCCGAUGGUGUCGCCCCCAGCCCCUCUGACGCGCAGGGAGCAAAGCUUCCUGGCGCAGCGCAAAACCAGUGCCAACGAAAUCUGCUACCACCAGUUUCACUAUAAGAUGGAUGACGUCAUAGUGAACCAGUACGUGCUCCGCGCCUCCUCCACCUCCUCCUCCUCUUCUUCCUCCUCCUCAGGGCCCGUCAUGCCCUGCGAGCCCCUGAAUUGCCCCACUUGCGGUCACACCUACAACUUUGCUGGCAAGCGUCCGCGCAUCCUCUCCUGCCUGCACUCAGUGUGUGAGGAGUGCCUGCAGAUCCUCUACGAGUCCUGUCCCAAGUACAAGUUCAUCUCCUGCCCCACGUGCAGGCGUGAGACGGUGCUGUUCACUGACUAUGGCCUGGCUGCUCUGGCCAUCAACACCAGCAUCCUGAGCCGUUUGCCCUCUGACCCCAACGGGCCCGUGCAGUGGGGCGGGGACGCCGACCGCAGCUGCUACCAGACUGUGCGUCAAUACUGCCAGUCAGCCUGCACCUGCCAGAUCGCCAAUCCCUUGUCCUCCUGUGGCAUCAUGUAGACAACGGGGGACACUGCACCCACCCCAACCACUCUUGUCGUCUAUAAGCUCUACCCUUUUUGCCAGUCCCUCAUCUCAGACACAUACAGUGAAUAAAUCCCUCCACAGAUGUUAUCUCUAUAUAUUUAAUAGCACAGAUGGAUGCUGUGUGGGACUAAUAUAUGCUGGUGGUUCAGUAAAUAGUAAAUAAAUGUAUUUUAUGUAUGGACUGAAAUCCUAUUCACCCUCUCUUGUUUGGUUGGAUGUGUUUGUUAUUGACAUCUCUUUACAUGGGAAUGCCAGGGAGGUCUGCGCCCCCAGCCUAGGUGAAUAAAGAUUAAACAAAUGAUACAAGUA